AUGGAGCUUACCAACAGGAACAUUAUUUCUCCAUUCACCCGCCACCUUCUGAAAAUACCCAAAGCUCCGCCAGCUCCAUCGCAAAAUCACCAUGAUCUACCUUCCUUCUUAACAUAUGCAAAGCAGACGGCUUUACCGGAAACCACCACUACGUAUGUCGGCACAAAAUACGAAUAUACCGUGCAAUCGACUCUGCGUCGUUUCGCGUUCGAUUUAGAACGAAUCGGUGGUCGCGACGAUGCCGGUAUAGACCUUGUCGGGACAUGGCAUAUUCCAGGUAGAGAAUUCACACCAUUCAGAGUUAUCGUUCAGUGUAAAGCGUUGAAAAAGAAACUUGGACCAAAUCUUGUCAGAGAGCUGGAAGGCGCUUUUCGGCAUUCACCUGUUGGCUGGCGCACUAGUGAAAAGGUCGCUGUCCUGGUUAGUCCGAGGGAGGCAACAAAGGGAGUCAGGGAUACUUUGACACGAAGUUCUUACCCCCUCUUCUGGAUGAUGAUGGAAAGUGAUGGGGCGUUGAAGCAGGUUCUUUGGAAUUCCAAGGUAGAGGAACUGGGAUUAGCUCCGCUAGGGGUAGAGACGAGGUACUCUCCGCUUGCUGAUGCCACUUCUGAUGAUCGACCACGUCCAGAUGUUGUAUUGGCGUGGGAUGGAAGUGAUAUUCCUGAUAUGGGCGCUGUUGAAGACACGAUAUCUCUGAAGGAAGCCGAAUGGCUGUCUGCUUGGGGAUGUGAGGAUUUGCCAGAGGCACAGAAAUAUGAACUGCUAACUCUACUGGAGAACUCGUAUCCCGAACUGACUCGAGAAAUUAUCAAUGGCGGUGUUACUGAGGAUUUCGGUCCAAAAAAACAACAGGUUUUACUGCUGCUCAAAGAAAAAUUCAAAGAAAGAUUCAAUUGA